GUUCGACUGGAUUUUUCUUUCGUUCUGUUUCUCAACCGGUCAGCGAGUCGAGCGUGUAUUUAUACUGAAACAGAACCCACGUCAUGAGGGACACAACGCCGAUCCAGAUUUUAAUUCUCCUGCCGAUUCUGGGCCUCAUCAUGACUCCGACCGUAGAUGCUCUCACUACUUUUGGCAAAACCAAUCCUCAGAACCAGAAUCAAAAUCCACCACCACAGCCUACACCAGUUGGAAAAUCACGCCUCUGCAAGCUCGAGUCCGAUUGCGUGGCGAUCCAGAACACAAGUUGCCUUUCGGAUCAGCGGGAUGGACACACUCGCUGUCUUUGCGCAGAUUAUUCAGCCCCAAUCAACGGCGCCUGUACCAACGUAUUAAAGCUGGCAAGAACCCCGUGCAACGAGGAUUCGGAGUGCAUUAAGGGUGCUCACUGCUCCCAAGGAAACAGCACGAUGCCAGAAAAACGCUGCCUUUGCAAGCUCGGCUACGUCGAAAGCGCCCAGCGUUUGUGUAGCGGGAGUUCACCGGUCCUCAGAAUUUCCCUCGCAACGAUCCUAGCUGCGGUUACUCUUUCGGGGAAAUCGAUUUUCCUGUAAUUAACCGCAGCGAAGUCAUUAACGGCGAAUAUACGCGAAUUCUCUAUACAGAGACGUGUGCACUGAAGAAAACUGCGUCGUGUGGGUGACAAAUAUCGGAGACAUUCGAACCACGGUCAGUUAAAAAUAACUGGCAACAAUCAAUAAGGAAUUUACUCUCAACCAGUAUUCCUUUGAUGUAAAAUUUAGAUCAGUAAUUACAAUCAGUAA